CCGCUAAACACAACUGCUGAGUCGAAGCCCACAAUGAAGAUCACCGCCGUCAUCUGUCUUGUUGCAGGCUAUGUCAGCCUCGCUGCCGCUGCCGGUUGCCAGGUCGAGCUCCUCAACAUCAACCAAGCAGUCGUAGGCACAGGUUGCGUGGAAAUGAACUACUACGCCAACAUCUACGAUUCUACCAAACGCGCAGGCUACACCGUCAAUGCUAAUAGCAACUGUGGUCUUAGCUUCGGCAACAUUCAAGUUAUCCCUGAUGGUUAUUCUUUGCGACAAGCGGGCUACUGUUAAGUGGGACAUACUGCUGGUAUUGAUCUUGAUUAUCCUCAUAGAGAAG